GUAGGUGAUCAGCAAAUGCUAGUCCCUUUCCCUUCCCUUCACCUGUCCUGCUGCUCCUCAGAGCUCCAAGUCUGUUGCUUUGGUCCCUCCCCUUGUCCCCUCCUGGUGCCAGGACGCUCUGCCAGCCACUCCUUUCCCCUGCCUGCUGACGGGCCAGGUGCUCCCUGCCUCCACCCUCCCCCCUCCCCUGGGCCCUGCUCCCUGCCCUCCUGGGCAGCCAGGGCAGCAAGGACGGUACCCAGGGAGUUGCCCCAUGGACAGGGCCCCACAGAGACACCACCGAGCCACGAGGGUGGUCUUCUACUGGCUGCAAGGAAGACCCACGCCUCACAAAUUGAAGUGAUCCCUUGCAAAAUCUGUGGGGACAAGUCAUCUGGGAUCCAUUACGGGGUUAUUACCUGCGAGGGGUGCAAGGGCUUCUUCCGCCGGAGCCAGCAGUGCAACGUGGCCUACUCCUGCACCCGGCAGCAGAACUGCCCCAUCGAUCGCACCAGUCGAAACCGAUGCCAGCACUGCCGCCUGAAGAAAUGCCUGGCACUGGGCAUGUCCCGAGACGCUGUCAAGUUUGGCCGCAUGUCCAAGAAGCAAAGGGACAGUCUACACGCUGAGGUGCAGAAACAACUACAGCAGCAGCAGCAGCAGCAACGGGAGCAAGUGGCCAGGACCCCUCCUGCAGGAGCCCAAGGGGCAGACCCCCUCUCCUGCACCUUGGGGCUCCCAGAUGGGCAGCUGCCCCUGGGCUCCUCGCCUGACCUGCCCGAGGCCUCUGCCUGUCCCCCUGGCCUCCUGAGAGCCCCAUGCCCCAGGCCUUCCUACUCCAACAGUUUGGCCAAGGCCAGGCUCAAUGGGGCCUUGUACCAUCCCGAAUACAGCCCUGAGCGUGGCAAGGCUGAUGGCAGAGAGAGUUUCUACAGCACAGGCAGCCAGCUGGCCCCUGACAGAUACGGACUUCAUUUUGAAGACCCCAGGCAUCCUGGGCUGGGGGAACCAGGACAAGGCCCGGACAGCUACUGCGGCCCCAGUUUCCACAGCACCCCAGAGGCACCUUAUGCCUCCCUGACGGAGAUUGAGCACUUGGUGCAGAAUGUGUGCAAGUCCUACCGAGAGACGUGUCAGCUGCGGCUGGAGGACCUGCUACAGCAGCGCUCCAACCUCUUCUCCCGGGAGGAGGUGGCUGGCUAUCAGAGGAAGUCAGUGUGGGAGAUGUGGGAACGCUGUGCCCACCGGCUCACCGAGGCCAUUCAGUAUGUGGUGGAGUUCGCCAAGAGGCUCUCAGGCUUUAUGGAGCUCUGCCAGAAUGACCAGAUUGUGCUACUCAAAGCAGGAGCAAUGGAAGUGGUGCUGGUGAGGAUGUGCCGGGCCUACAAUGCCCACAACCACACAGUCUUUUUUGAAGGCAAAUACGGUGGCGUGGAGCUGUUCCGAGCCUUGGGCUGCAGUGAGCUCAUCAGCUCCAUCUUUGACUUCUCCCGCUCCCUGAGUGCCUUGCGCCUUUCUGAGGAUGAGAUUGCCCUCUACACAGCCCUUGUCCUCAUCAAUGCCAAUCGGCCAGGGCUGCAAGAGAAAAGGAAAGUAGAACAGCUUCAGGCCAGUCUGGAGGUGGCCUUUCACCAUCAUCUCUGCAAGACUCAUCGCCAAGGCAUCUUGGCAGAGCUGCCACCUAAGGGGAAGCUCCGGAGCCUGUGUAGCCAGCAUAUGGAAAAGCUGCGAAACUUCCAGCAUCUCCACCCCAUCGUGGUCCAAGCUGCUUUCCCCCCGCUCUACAAGGAACUCUUCAGCACUGAAAUCGAGUCACCCGAGGGGCUGUCCGAGUGACCUGGAAGAGGGACUCCUUUCCCUUCCCAGAGCCUACUGGACCACCUCCCUGGGCCCCCUCCCACCCUCAGCCUUUUCUUUUCCCGUGCCUCCUGGAGCGUGGCCCUAUCUGCUCUGUAGGACUGAGCAAAU